GGCGGCGGUCGCGCCUAUAUAAGAACGUGAGCACGGUAAGUGACGCGUCUCAGUGUCUUUCAUUAAGCCCGUACGAAACAACUUCAAACGCCGCCGAAAACCCAUAUACACAGUCAUUUACUGUUGAGACCAAAACCGCUGCAAACAUUCGACGAAGAUGCGUGAAUGUAUAUCAGUACAUAUUGGUCAAGCCGGUGUCCAGAUCGGUAAUGCGUGUUGGGAGCUAUACUGCUUAGAACAUGGCAUUCAACCCGACGGACAAAUGCCAUCGGAUAAGACGAUUGGCGGCGGCGAUGAUAGUUUCAACACGUUUUUUAGCGAGACCGGAGCUGGAAAACACGUCCCGAGAGCUGUGUUUGUCGAUUUGGAGCCAACCGUUGUCGACGAAGUGCGUACCGGCACGUACAGACAACUGUUUCACCCCGAACAGCUGAUCACUGGCAAAGAGGACGCCGCCAACAAUUAUGCUCGUGGUCACUACACGAUUGGUAAGGAGAUCGUGGACAUCGUACUGGACCGGAUCCGGAAGCUGUCUGACCAAUGCACUGGGCUGCAGGGUUUCUUAGUAUUCCACUCAUUCGGUGGCGGUACUGGCUCCGGGUUCACGUCGCUGCUCAUGGAACGGCUGAGCGUGGACUACGGAAAAAAGAGCAAAUUGGAGUUCUCCAUUUACCCGGCGCCGCAGGUAUCCACAGCCGUAGUAGAGCCGUAUAAUUCCAUAUUGACCACACACACCACUCUCGAGCAUUCAGAUUGUUCAUUCAUGGUAGACAAUGAGGCCAUCUACGAUAUAUGUCGCCGAAACUUGGACAUUGAACGGCCCACAUACACCAACCUGAAUCGAUUGAUCGGCCAGAUUGUGUCUUCCAUUACGGCGUCGCUGAGGUUUGACGGCGCGUUAAACGUCGACCUGACAGAGUUUCAAACGAAUCUGGUGCCGUAUCCGCGUAUCCAUUUCCCACUGGCCACCUACGCACCCGUGAUAUCAGCCGAGAAGGCGUAUCACGAACAGAUGACCGUGGCCGAGAUCACCAACGCCUGUUUCGAGCCGGCCAAUCAGAUGGUCAAGUGCGACCCACGGCACGGCAAGUACAUGGCGUGUUGCAUGCUGUACAGGGGCGACGUGGUGCCGAAGGACGUGAACGCGGCUAUCGCCACCAUCAAGACGAAGAGGACCAUACAGUUUGUGGACUGGUGCCCGACCGGAUUCAAGGUCGGCAUUAACUACCAACCGCCGACGGUGGUGCCGGGCGGCGACCUGGCCAAGGUGCAGCGGGCCGUGUGCAUGUUGUCGAACACGACGGCCAUCGCCGAGGCCUGGGCCCGGCUCGACCACAAGUUCGACCUGAUGUACGCGAAACGAGCAUUCGUACACUGGUACGUGGGCGAGGGCAUGGAGGAGGGCGAGUUUAGUGAGGCCCGCGAGGACUUGGCCGCGCUCGAGAAGGAUUACGAGGAGGUGGCCACCGAUUCGGCGGACGGCGACGGCGACGACGGAGACGAAUACUAACGACCAUCACUCGCACCUCCACCGCCACCACCGUUUCAACACCGCGACGAACGACUGCCGCCGCCCGACCUCGAGGACUGCGAUAUCUCUGGUCACAAACAUUUCCGCCCUCGAGUCUUGCUCGUACGAUGAAAAUAAUCUAACAAUAAUAAUCACUGCUCGAAUUUGAAAAAUAAGUUGACACAAUCUUUUCAGCAUAACUAUAAAAAUAUACAUACUCCGAUUAAUGUACACCAAGUAAAAAAUCAAUAAGAUAUAUUUUUAUAUAAUAUUAUAUAUCACAGUGGUCCUAAGUCAUGAUCUUAUCAUUAAUGCACUUUACAAUUUAUUUAACUUAUCUUAGUUAAUAAAAGACCGAAGAAGGUGCAUUAUAAUAUAUUAACAAUAUUAUAUCAACGUUGAAUAUGGUUUUCAAAAAUAUUUUUGUAAAAGAAUGUACCGUCCCCUCGUUUCAAUAAAAUAUAUUAAUAGAAGAUCUUUGUUCCUGUGCACCCCUUUUUAUAAUUUAAGCUUUGAGUAUUAGUAACAUCUUAAAUAAAAUACAUAAUAUUAUAUCAUAAUUCACCUCCAACAGGAAUCGGGCGCGGGCUAUAUCGUUGAAAUGGCUAUUUUGAAUUUAUAUAAUACCUAUAUCGUUUUUAAUUUUGAAAAUCGAAUAAUUUAUUUACACUAACGCUUAUACUCGAUCGACCACCUGUUUAAAUAUAAUAUUAAUACAUGAAGAUUAUUUUUUACUAGCUUAUAACUAAAUUAUAAUAUUGUAUUAUACGUGUUGAUCGGUGGCAUAAUGGACUGCAGGAAUUUUUUAUGGUGGAGGGGUGGGUAGAGUUCAUAAUUAUCACAAAUCAUUAAAAAAAAAAACAAUUUUAUAGUAAUAAGAAUUUGUAUGUUUUUUCGUUGUAAAAUGUCAAGAGGGUGGGAUUUGAACCCCUACUCCCCAUUCCACAUAUUUCCGUAUAUAUAAUAUAUUAUAUAUUAUACAGCCCCAUAUUUGUUAAACAGAUCGUUUGCAUAUUUAUCAUAUAAUAUGUACGCGUGUAUAACGACUAACAGUACCUAUAAAUUAAGUUGUAUGUGUUUUUUCUUUCAAAUUUGUUCUUUUUAGCUUAAGAUAUGACAUUAACAUAAAUAUUUAACUUAAAACUUAUUAAUUAUUAAUUAUU